GGUUACAAGAAGGAUUGCAUGCAUGGUAGUCUUUAGCUUGUUACCCCAUUACAGUAUAUAAUGUGUGGUUUAGAAUCCAAAUAACAGUACAAGUAGGCCAUAUACAUUGUCUAGUCACUACAAAACAUUUAAAUAGAUUUAGCUGACGCACUGGCUUGGAAAUCUACUCGGGAGACUUGCUAUCAGCUAAAGUUUGCUAGCUACAUCGCUGUCAGCAGCAUCGCCUUUGAAUUGGCUGUGUGAGCAGACUUCACCAUGAGUUCAAGAGUGUGUAAGAACUGUGGGGGCACAGACAUCGAUGUGGACCAGGCCAGAGGCGAUGCCGUGUGCGUGGGCUGUGGCUCGGUUCUGGAGGACAACAUUAUCGUGUCAGAGGUCCAGUUCAUGGAGACAGGAGGGGGCGGCGCCUCUGCUGUGGGACAGUUUGUAGCUGGAGAUGCCUCUGGAAGGAACCCCACUUUUGGGGAAGGGCUCUAUACGGGCGUUGGAAGGGAGUCCCGGGCCCAGACCCUGCAGAACGGGAGACGUCAGAUCAACACGCUGGGCCACCAGCUGCAGCUGAACCAGCACUGCCUGGACACGGCCUUCAACUUCUACAAGAUGGCCGUGUGUAAACGCCUGACACGGGGCCGAAGGGUGGCCCACGUGGUGGCCGCAUGCCUCUACCUGGUCUGCAGGACGGAAGGGACACCUCACAUGCUGCUUGACCUCAGUGACCUCCUGCAGGUAAAUGUUUACGUCCUGGGUAGAACCUUCCUGGUCCUGGCCAGAGAGCUCUGCAUCAAUGCCCCCGCCAUAGACCCCUGCCUGUACAUCCCUCGCUUUGCCCACAUGCUGGAGUUUGGAGAGAAGAACCAUGAGGUGUCCAUGACAGCACUGCGACUGCUGCAGAGGAUGAAAAGGGACUGGAUGCACACGGGACGGAGACCCUCAGGAUUGUGUGGCGCAGCUCUGUUGGUCGCUGCUCGCAUGCACGAGUUCCGCCGUACCAUCAAAGAAAUCAUUAGUGUAGUGAAGGUGUGCGAGGCCACACUAAGAAAGAGAUUGAAUGAGUUUGAAGACACGCCCACCAGCCAGCUGACCAUUGAGGAAUUCAUGAAAGUGGAUCUUGACCAGGAGUGUGACCCGCCCUCUUUCAUCGCCGGCCAGAGGAAGAAAAGAAUGAAGCUGCUUGAGGAAGAAUUGGAGAAGAAGAUUGACGAUGUUCAAGGUGAAAUCCAUGAGUACCAAGAUGAGAUUGAGAUGGAGCUGGAGCAGAGCCGGCCCAAGUUGAGAGGGAUGUACGCUUCCUGUGCAAAAGUCGGCCCCCAGGAGGAAGAGGAUGAUGAAAUAUCUCUUCCUGAUGGGGAGGAGAGGGAGGACGAGGAGCUAAAGGCUGUGGCCCAGCACCUCAAUAAGGAGCUUUGUGACCAGGUGAUCUCUGGAGAGGAGGAUGGAGAGGGGCAGGAGGAGAGACCUCCACGCAGAGGCCCAUCACUGGCCUCCCUCCUGGGGCCCAUGCCCACCGCAGCCAGCCUUGGCCUCCCAGAGUCUAUCAGCAAGUGCAUCGGAGAGGAGAAGGAGAACGAUGAGGAUGCUGAAAAUGGAGAGCUGGACUUGAGUGGUAUUGAUGAUGAUGAGAUUGAGCUGUAUCUCCUGAAUGACAAAGAGGUGAAAAUCAAGACUGAGCUUUGGCUGAAACAGAAUGAAGACUACUUGAAAGAGCAGAAAGAAAAGGAAGAGCGGAUAGUGAAAGAGAAGGAGCUGGGGAUUUACAAGGACAAGAAGCCCAAGAGCUCCAAGAAGCGGGCUCCGAUCCAUGCCAGCACAGCCGACGAGGCCAUAGAGAAGAUGCUGGAGCAGAAGAAGAUCUCCACUAAGAUCAACUACGAUAUCCUGAAGGAGCUGAAUGUCAAGCCAUGCGCCAGUCCAGCCCGCCAGACAGCAGAGUCUCCGAAAGGAGCCACCCCUGGAGCCCAGAGGCUGACUGGACGAUACCGCAAACCCACCAAUGUCCCUCUGAGCCUGGGCACACCACUCAGCAGCCUGGGCAAGAGGUUACGGCCCUUCAUAUCAGCACACCCCCCUAAGAAGCUGGCUCUAGACCAGAUAGCCAGCCCCCUACCAAUGGCCUCUGAGGUGUCGCCCCACUCUGUGCUGGUCGAGAGUGGGCCUGUGGUCUAUGACGAUGUGGCAGAUGAGGAAGAGGAGGAUGAGGAGGAGCCCUGCGUCAGUGCCAUGGAGCUGCUGGGAGGCAACGAGUAUGGAUGUGAUGAUGAUGAUGGUUUCUAGCACUACUGGGUUUGGCCUGUUUGUCUGGACCGUUGUGCUACUCCAACCCCCUGUCCCAUUUGGAGAGAUUGACUCAUUGAUUGAGAUGGCGGCGACAGCUUUCAUGCUCACAGAAUGGUGAAGAGGAUGGAAAUGAUGACAGGAGCCAUUUCUUCUCAGGAUAUCUCCUUUAUCUAGAUAAGAGGUUAUGGGUAGUAUUGAGCUGGAUCGAACAAAGAGACUAAACGUAAUGUCUCAUUCUACAUUUCACGUCACUCAAGUAUACACUACCAUUCAAAAGUUUGGGGUCACUUUGAAAUGUCCUUGUUUUUGAAAGAAAA